AUGAAGGCCAUCAUCCUUACCGGCGAGGCAGGCAAGGCGACUUGCGUAAAUGAUCGUCCACGACCUCGACUCCGACCCGGGUACCUGCUGGUCGAUGUCAAAGCCGUGGCCCUAAACCCAACAGACCACAAGCAUAUCGACACCUGGAACCACAAAGGCCUUUUGUCGGGCUGCGACUUUGCUGGGCUUGUGAGCCAACUUGGCUCAGGAUACUCCAAGGAGUGGAAAGUAGGCGAUCGGAUCUGUGGCUUUGCACAUGGAGCCAACGAGCUUGAAGCCGAGGACGGGGCUUUUGCUGAGCAGAUCGUGGUCAAGGCCGACAUUGGACUGCGAUUUCCGGACAACAUGCCAUUUGACGAGGCUGCGACUCUGGGAGUCGGUGUCAUAACCGUUGGGCAAGCUCUCUUCAUGCAGAUGGGGCUGAGUCGUCCAGUGCCCAACAGCCCAUUGCCCACCUCUGGGGAACUCAUUCUCAUCUAUGGAGGAAGCUCGGCGACCGGCAGCAUUGCCAUCCAAUUUGCCAAACUCGCUGGUCUAACGCCAAUUGCUGUAUGCUCGAGGCACAAUUUCGAGUUUGUCAAGUCAUAUAUUGGUCGCGAUAGAAAGCUCAAGUAUGUCUUCGACACCGUCUCCACGACAACCACGGCAGAGUUCUGCGGUCAGUUGAUUGCCCCUCGCGGUUUAUGGGCUUAUGUUCUCCUUGGAACAAAGUUUCCGCGGGAUGAUGUUGAAACGAUUUAUCCGCUGGCAUAUCUUUCCGUCGGGGAGCGGGUGAAGAAGGGUUCAGACGAAUUUCCGGCUUCCUCACGCAAUUUGGAGUUUGUGUCGGAAUGGAUGCUACUUGCCGAGCAGCUUUUGGAGAAGGGAUUUUUGAAGGCUCAUCCACGGCAGGUCGAGGGCGGCUUGGAAAAUGUCAUCAACGGGUUUGAGUUGAUGCGAGGUGGCAAAGUCAGUGGGAGGAAGCUGGUGUACACAGUAGAGGGUGAACUUUGA